AUGGCCGGAGCGGAAGGGUCGCCGACGGCGCGGGCUGGGGCGGAGAUGGACAUUGAAUUCUCGGUCGGGAGCUGGGGCCCUAGCUUCGAGUUCGCGUUCGACGCGGAGAACUUCUCUGACAAGUUGCUGCGGAUAGAGGUCGUCGCCAGCGGCAACGUCGCCGGAGCUCGCGACCCCGUGGAGGAAGUUUUACAAGUAAAGACGAUGUAUAUCAACUCAGCGAUUCUUGCUGCAAGAAGUCCUUUCUUUCUCAAGCUUUUCUCAAAUGGCAUGAAAGAAUCUGAUCAGACACAUCCAACGCUUAGGAUUGCUGAUUCAGAUGAAAAUGCCCUUAUGGAGCUUUUAAGCUUUAUAUACAGUGGAAAGCUAACAACAACUGAGCCCACCUUUCUACUUGACAUCUUGAUGGCUGCGGACAAAUUUCAAGUCAUAUCCUGCAUGAGGCAUUGCUAUCAGUUGCUCACAAGUUUGCCUUUGACAACAGAAUCUGCACUGCUGUACCUAGAUCACCCAUGCUCUAUGUCAAUGGCAGCUGAAGUUCAGCUCUUGAAAGGCGCCGCCAAGGAAUUCCUCGUUAACAAAUACAAGGAUUACAAUAAGUUCCAACACGAAGUGAUGAACUUUUCUCUGGCUGGGAUCGAAGCCAUACUCUCUAGUACUGACCUGUAUGUGCAAUCUGAAGAUUUCUUAUACUACCUCUUGGUCAAGUGGGCCCGUGUGCGGUACCCGGAAUUGGAGGAAAGGCGUAAGAUCUUGAGUUCCCAUUUACUUCCACUGGUUCGCUUCAGUCAUAUGACCUACAAGGCAUUUCAGAGUAUCCUAACUUGUACUGAUAAUGACAUAGACCAUGAGCAUGUAACUAAGCUCAUCACUGGGGUACUUCUGUGCAAAGCCUAUCCUGCACACAAGCCAGGUGCUCUUGCAGCGUGUGCAACCUCUUGUUUGCCAGUUGCAGAGCGAGCUUACAAGUAUAGACAUAUGAAAGUGGUUGCGUUUGAUAAACCCUGCCCACAGGUUAUAGCUUACAUGGAUCUGAAGCGUGAGGAAUGCUCUCUAUUAAAACCGAUAUUCUCGUACCCAUUCCAUGUUGCAGGUCAGGGUUUUAUUCUUAUGGCAAGAUGUAACAAGGAUGAGCAGAGUGACUUGUUCAGAUUUGGCCUCUUCUUAUGUAUUGAUCCGGUGCUGAAGGGCUCAAGGGCUGUGACAGUAGAAUAUGAGUUUGCAGCAAGGACAAGACCACGGCAGUUUGUGAGCAAGUUCAAUGCUAGUGAGACCUUCACUGAUGGAGUGUUAGUUGGAUGCGACAAUAUCUUUUUGGUUCCAUGGUCGACGUUCAUGGCCGAUGAUGACCUCUUCAUCCAUGGGGUGCUUCAUCUCAGAGUUGAUUUGACGGUGGUGGAGCAGACAGAACUGCAAGCUUGA